AUGAAAAGGUUCAAGAGAAAGAAACUAAGUGGGACGAAUCAUGUACCUGUCACGAGAGAUGUGGACUGUGGGAAGCAACAGAAGUUAGUUGAGAUUCACCAAGCGUUAAACAGUGAUCCAGUGGACAUUGAGACCUUGAGAAGGGCCACGACCACUAAAGGAGGACUGCUUACAAAUGAACUUCGCAGGAAAGUGUGGCCCAAACUGCUCAACAUCAAUGCCUACGAUUUGCCAUAUAAGCCUGGGAAAGAUGGAAGGGAGAACCACAAGGACUACAACCAGGUGGUGCUGGAUGUCAGCAGAUCUAUGAAGCGCUUUCCGAAAGGUAUGCCUCCUCCUGAGCGAGCCGUGCUUCAGGAACAGCUUGUGGACAUCAUCUUGGAGGUUUUGAGGUGUAACCCGCAGCUUAACUACUACCAGGGCUACCACGAUGUGGCUGUCACACUGCUGCUUGUUGUAGGGGAGCGUAUGGCCAUUGCUAUGUUGCACACCUUAUCCAAAUAUCAUCUCAGGGAUUUCAUGGAUCCAACAAUGGACAGCACCAAGCAUAUUUUAAACUACCUGAUGCCUUUAGUAGAAGAAGUGGACAAAGAACUGCACGAUUUCUUGAUCAGAGCUGAGGUGGGAACCAUCUUUGCCCUCUCCUGGCUCAUCACGUGGUAUGGACACGUCCUUUCUGAGUUCAAACACACACUCAGACUCUACGACUUCUUCUUGGCUUCACACCCAAUGAUGCCCAUCUACCUCGCUGCUACAAUCGUGUUGCACAGAGAGAAGGAAGUAAAGCAAACGGAAUGCGAUAUGGCCAUGGUGCACCACCUCCUCUCGCGAAUUCCCCAAGAUCUCCCGUAUGAACUCCUGAUUGGCCAGUCGCAAGACCUGUUUCAAUGUUACCCUCCCGCCUUGCUGGCUAAACGAGUAGCGAUGCACCCUCGGAAAAGCUUGUCUAUAAGUACCUUCAAGGCCUUUCAGCUCUCGACACUCCAACAGAGACCGGAUUCGGUUCUUCAGCGUCUCACCAAAGCUCAGACAUCUACUACUUCCAAACGAGCUCGCCAAUCCGGCCUGGACGUGGCUUUGCCUGAGGACGGAGGCCAGCGAUGGGGGAAGGGGAGCAGGAUGGUGAAGAUGGCGGUCUGGGGGCUGUCGGCCACGCUGGGGGCGGCCGUGUUCGCCGUGGCCCAGACGGCCAUGGAUUGGGUGCCUGAUGUAGUGCAGCAACUCUUCUGA